AUGAGCGCACAGGCGACUACAGCCCUCGAACACCUCGAGCAACAUGCCAAGACGACUGUCAAGGCUUCGGCCCUCCACGGAGGCACAUUCACACUGCCAUUGCAUCUGUUCAUCCAAAAUGUCUCGAAAACAGACCGCAGCCUUGUGUCGUCCUUGUCCUUCCUUCUUGUCCACGAGGACUCUAGCAGCGGUCCGAAGAACAUCUUGUUCGACCUAGGUCUCCGCCGAAAUCUACAGGAGUAUAUCACACCGAUCAGGGAGCACCUGCACACGAGACAGCCCAUGAGCACCUCACCAGAUGUCCAACAGAGUCUGAUCGAUGGCGGUGUGCAACCUUUGGACAUCUCACACGUCAUCCUCAGCCACGUGCAUUGGGACCACACCGGCACGCCAGCUGAUUAUCCGCAGGCUCAGUUUUGGGUUGGGAGCGGGGCCCUUGACGUCCUCAAGAACGGACUGGGCGGAGGCCUGGGACACCAGCACUUUGAGAGCAAGCUCUUCGACGGGCUGAACGUGAGGGAGUUUGCAAGCACCCCCGUCUUAUUAUCACAUGACGGCCGCCCAGAGGUGGAGGGAGAGAGGAACAGCGGCUGGGGGAAGAUUGGCGACCUUUGGAUGUACGACUUCAUCGGUGACGGGUCAGUGUAUGUAGUGGAUGCACCGGGCCAUCUGCCGGGGCAUGUUAACCUCCUGGCGCGCGUUGGGAAAAAGAGAUGGAUCUAUCUUGUGGGAGACGCCUGUCACGACCAGCGCCUCCUGACGGGCGAAAAGGCGAUCGCAGAGUGGACGGAUCCGGAAGGGGUAUUCUGUUGCAUUCAUACCGAUAGGAAAGAGGCUGAGGCUACUCUUGCACGCAUUCGGGAUCUUCAAGCCGCGGCGAGAGAGAAUGGGUUCCAGCUCGAGGUAUUAUUUACACCGGCUUCUUAG